AUGAGAUAUACCCUGGUCAACCUCGUCUUGGUCGGUGCGGCUCUGGCCCUACCUGCUGAUCUCUUGGGUCAAAACUCCAAACGUGACAACCAGGAUGCCCAGAAGGCUACUGUUGAUGAUGCCUACCUACCUGAUCUAGGUGCCUGGACCAAUUUCAAGCGUGCCAACCAGGAUGCCCAGAAGGCCACUGUUGAUGAUGCCUACAUAUAUAAUUUCAGGGACUGGAGUGACACUAAGCGUGACACCCAGGAGGACUAG